AUGGUGCACCUCACUCCCCUCGUCCUUGUCUUCACGUUGGCUGGCUCCGUUCACAGCCACGGCGCCCUUCUCGACCCGCUGCCAACAUGGAACACCCCCUACAGCGACACGAGUCAAUUCUGUGGCACGAUGGAAGGGCCGUCCGUGCUUCCCGGGGCUGCGUACAAUACGAGCCCCCAAGACAACGCUGCAGCCUUUACUCGACAAUUCCAAGCAUCGUCGUUCAAGACCCUUCGCGACCUCGUGCUCGCUAACCCCAGUACGUGUGGCUCGUGUGGCAUUACCAACCCCAACGGCACCCCCCGCCAAAUCAACGCCGACGGCACCGUGAAGUGGGCACAUGGCUCGGAAGGAUUCAUUUCGUCCCACGAAGGCCCGUGCGAAGUGUGGUGCGAUACAGAUCGCGUGUUUCAAAACGACAAUUGUGCUCGCAACGCCGCAAAUGGAAUUGUGAAGAUCGACGUGGCCAAAUGCAAGCGAGCGAUCCACUUGGUCGUGUAUUGGCUUGCCCUUCAUGUCCCCACCUGGCAGAUUUACUUGAAUUGUGUCCGCCUCGCGGGCGAUGGAGGAGCAGCAGCUCCAACCCCUAGCAACCCCCAAUCUGCACAGCCUAGCUAUCCGUCGGCCCCACCGAGUUACCCAACUGCCGCACCAGGGCAAGGACCACCUUCUACCGCCCCCGAAUACACGUACUAUGUUGAACCAGGGUAUGAAUCAUACUCCCCUUCUCCCCUAAACCCGUCGGCCCCCUAUACCCCCCCGGCCUCGAUGGCGCCUCCUUCAAACCCAUCGCCCCCAUAUGCCCCCCCUCCCUCGAUGGCGCCUCCUUCACCAUCGACUAGCAGUCCUCCCUUGGCUCCGCCGACAAACAGUGCCGUCGCCGCCUGGGGUCAAUGCGGGGGUCAACAAUACAAAGGACCUACCCAAUGCGUUACCGGCCAAGAGUGCCGCAAGUGGGCAGACGCGUACAGUCAGUGUGUACCCCAAGACAACCCAUCGGGCGACUUGAAGACGUGGGCUCAAUGCGGCGGCAAGGCGUACAGCGGACCGACCAAGUGCAAGUCCUCGGACACGUGUAUGUCGAAAAAUGACUUCUACAGCCAAUGCAUCCCAAAGUAG